CUAUUUAAUCAAUUUUUUGUUCAUAUAAUUUAAAUUUUACAACAUGAGUAGUAUAAACUACAGGAAUAGCACUUGAUUUGAAGAUGGUGUUGGGCACCUUCUAAAUUUUGAAAACUUCAAGAACGCAGUUUGUCGGAGAAAAAUGAGAGUCUCAAGACUCAACAAUGUGUCUACAAAGGUUGUAGGCAUCCUGCCCAUUGAUCAGCCUUGCUAUAAAACCUGAAUCAAUCCUCGGAACUCCUUGAGAAAUUCAGAUGCGAAGCCUCUUCAAGGCAAGAAAGCACCAACUUACAGAAAAUCUAUGGGAGUCAACGCUCUUAGGGAUAAAAUCGAUCGUUAUUAUAUCAAUAACAAGUCCUUAGCUUUUGAAGACUGCAUGAACUUCAGUGAAGAUGAAGAGGUUGACCUUGACCCCCCUACCAAGAGAUGGAACCUCAUACAGAAGUUUAUCUGCAGUAAAAACGUGCCUGAUUUCAGUGGUCAGAUAGAGGAAAUCUCUAGGCACAUUCAUGACCCUGCAUCCAGCCAUGGCAAGAGGCGACGAUACAAAUGCAAGAAAUCAAAGGCUCAUGCCAAUGCUUCCCUGAACAUCCCUUUCCAGAACCAAGCCCAGAGAUCAUUUAUGAUUCCUUGUUCGAACAAUUUUAAAAAGGAUAUCCACUGCAAGAUAUUCGCCCCAGUCAGGAAAGGAUCGACAGCUGCACAUGUAGAGGACGAUCAGAGGGAGACAUCCUCCCUUCCUGACAUUGAAACAGUGUCUGAACCUGAACACUGCACAAGUAGCAUUGAUGAUAAAGAAAUAACACAGAAAAAUUCUUUGAAGGAAGAAGGACAGGAAACUGAGCAAAAACCCAAACAAAAAAAAUCAAGGCCUUAUAUACUGUGUGGUUCUUUCUGUAGGAGGGUGAAGAGAAGGAAAUUCUUCAAGCAAAGAGUAGAAAGCUCCAGAAACUCCUCCUUCAUCAUGCCAGAUAUUCAUAGUCUGGGACCAGUAAAGUUGAACUCAUCCCAAUACUCACAAUCAAGUGAGCUUGGCAACCCAAAAGGCUUCAACAACAGAGCAAUCAGGGAAGAAUUCGCUAAGAAAAAGUUUGCCUCCUGCAUCGACGAAGGAUCCAUCAACGAGCCAACGACUGACGAAGAAGCCUCCACCCCAAAAUCUAAAGGAAAAUAUCUGAACCAAUCAAGUAAAAUCUGGAGCUCUUCAACCAACGAAGACCAGACAAAUGUUUCAGAUGGAAGCGAGAAGAACAUUCUCUUCAAAAACUCAGUGAAACUACCCAAUCUGACUCCAAUCCCCAAAGUCCUAAAGAAGACUUACAUCAAUGAGCAUUUCGUCCUCCUCGAGAAAGCCAAGAAAAAGAGGAAGCACCCCAAAGUUAAAAUAGGCAAAAAUAACCUAAAGAGGAGCAAGAAUAUUUAUAAUAUAAGCAUGUGUCCAAAGAAGCAACUUGAGAAACGAUCAGCCUCCCUUGUACCUCAAAUGUAACAUAUGAAAUAGAGGUCCUAGAGGGUGAGAAUAUAAAUGUAUGCACUCUGGUUGUGCUACCUCUAAUCUCUUCCUAAAAAUCCUUCCAAAACAUCGUGUAGCCCAAAAUUU